AUGACACGACCAAGCGAAAACGUCUCCCAACUUUGUGGGCAACGUGAAGAUCACGGCGGGAAGAUCACUCUCGACGGCGGCACCUUCAAGGAUAGAUCGGCAGGCCACCAACAUCUCUCGCGCAUUUGGGAACAUAUCCAAGAAGCUACAUGGGUCGAUGACUUUAUAAACCCAUUUACCCAGCAUGGAGUCAGGCAUGAUCACACCGAUGCCAUUGAAUUGAACGAGCAGUUAUAUGAAGAAAUCAGGAAAGGUCUUCGGCGCGAGGUAGAUCCUCCUGCGGAACAGGUCAAAAAGCUUCGAAAUCCGAGGAAAGUGGACGAUUCUCGGGCCCCCACCCAAACGCCAUCACGCCGGUCAGACCGUACUCAUUUCCAUGCGAAAUUCGAUGGUCCUCUCCAGCCCAACUUUGUUGACUACAAACCUCCACCACGAUGUAGCCGGUACAACAGGCCUGAGCUUAUUGUCCAGAAACAGUCCUAA